GCCCCCCAUAUCCAUCCAUAAUAAAAGUACGCACCUCGCGUCCGCGGCCGCGCGGCUAUAUAUCAGUACCGCGCCUACGCACUCCUCUCCUCUCUCUCCUGUGUGCUAGCGGAGGCGGAGCACUACACGGUUAAUUCUGCGGUUGCUGCUGCUACCUGCGACCUUCUAGCAGGUACACAGUGCUAACAAGUAACAACACAAUGUUGCCUCAGCAACUUCAGAUAUAUUUGUGCUUCAUCCUUCUGUCUCUGAAGUUCGGAAUAUCUGCAUCUCUACCUCUUGAAACAGAUGCUCUCUUGGACAUAAAGAGUCAUCUGGAGGAUCCACAAAAUUACCUAGGCAAUUGGGAUGAGUCUCAUUCACCAUGCCAAUUUUAUGGCGUUACAUGUGACCAAACUUCUGGUGGUGUCAUUGGAAUAUCACUCUCCAACGCCUCACUAUCAGGAACUAUAUCGUCGUCGUUUUCUCUUCUUUCCCAACUACGUACGCUGGAGCUUGGUGCAAACUCCAUCUCAGGCACUAUUCCUGCUGCACUAGCUAACUGCACAAAUCUGCAGGUUCUUAACCUGUCAACAAACAGUUUGACAGGGCAAUUACCUGAUCUUUCAACAUUUAUCAAUCUACAAGUUCUUGACCUGUCAACAAACAAUUUUUCUGGACCAUUCCCAGCAUGGGUUGGCAAAUUAUCAGGCCUAACUGAACUAGGUCUAGGAGAGAACAACUUCAAUGAAGGUGAUGUUCCUGAAAGUAUUGGAAAGCUGAAGAACCUGACAUGGCUAUUCUUGGGGCAAUGCAACCUUAGAGGAGAAUUACCAGUUUCAAUAUUUGAUCUGGUCUCACUUGGGACCCUAGACUUCUCACGCAAUCAGAUUAUUGGUGUGUUUCCAAUAGCAAUAUCCAACCUGCGUAACCUAUGGAAGAUCGAGCUCUAUCAAAACAAUCUGACUGGUGAAAUUCCUCCUGAACUUGCACAUUUGACAUUGUUAUCUGAAUUUGAUGUGUCCCAGAAUCAGCUAAGUGGUAUUCUGCCCAAAGAGAUAGCAAACCUGAAGAAGCUGAAGAUCUUUCAUAUUUACCGAAACAACUUCUCUGGUGUGCUUCCUGAAGGAUUAGGGGACUUGGAGUUUCUUGAGUCAUUUUCAACCUAUGAAAAUCAAUUCUCAGGAAAGUUCCCUGCAAACCUUGGCCGAUUCUCACCACUCAAUGCAAUUGACAUAUCUGAGAAUUAUUUUUCUGGUGAAUUUCCAAGGUUCCUGUGCCAAAACAACAAAUUGCAGUUCUUGUUGGCUUUGGACAACAACUUCUCAGGUGAAUUCCCCAGCUCCUACUCUUCUUGCAAAACACUUCAGAGGUUUAGAAUAAGUCAAAAUCAGUUCACUGGGAGAAUUCACAGUGGCAUAUGGGGAUUGCCUAAUGCUGUGAUCAUCGAUGUUGCCAACAAUAAAUUUGUUGGCGGCAUAUCCUCUGAUAUAGGCAUUUCGGCUUCUCUGAACCAACUGUAUGUUCAUAAUAACGUCUUCUCUGGUGAACUUCCAAUGGAGUUGGGGAAGCUUUCCCUGCUUCAGAAGCUUGUUGCUUUCAACAAUAGAUUCUCUGGCCAAAUCCCUGCACAGAUUGGAAGUUUGAAGCAGCUGUCAUUCCUGCACCUGGAACAAAAUGCUCUGGAAGGAUCGAUACCACCUGAUAUUGGUAUGUGCAACAGCCUAGUUGAUCUGAACCUUGCAGACAAUUCUUUGACUGGCACCAUUCCAGACACACUAGCAUCUCUAUUCACUCUGAAUUCACUCAACCUAUCUCACAACAUGAUCUCUGGUGAAAUCCCUGAAGGAUUGCAAUAUCUGAAGCUUAGUUAUGUUGAUUUCUCCCACAACAAUUUAUCUGGACCAGUCCCUCCAGCUCUCCUGAUGAUAGCUGGAGAUGAUGCAUUCUCUGAAAACGACGGCCUUUGUAUUGCUGGAGUUUCAGAAGGUUGGAGGCAAAAUGCCACCAAUUUAAGAUACUGCCCGUGGAACGACAACCAUCAGAACUUCUCGCAGAGAAGGCUAUUUGUCGUGCUGAUAAUAGUGACAUCUCUGGUGGUUCUCCUAUCUGGGUUGGCAUGCCUGAGAUAUGAAAAUUACAAGCUUGAGCAGUUCCACAGCAAGGGAGACAUCGAGAGCGGCGACGACAGUGACUCAAAGUGGGUUCUUGAGUCCUUCCACCCCCCUGAGCUUGAUCCUGAGGAGAUUUGCAACUUGGAUGUGGACAAUCUGAUUGGCUGUGGAGGCACUGGCAAAGUUUAUAGGCUUGAAUUGAGCAAAGGGAGGGGUGUUGUGGCCGUGAAGCAACUAUGGAAGCGUGAUGAUGCAAAGGUCAUGAGAACUGAGAUCAACACACUUGGGAAAAUACGCCACCGGAACAUCCUGAAACUCCAUGCAUUCUUGACCGGUGGGGAAUCAAACUUUCUGGUGUAUGAGUAUGUGGUAAAUGGCAAUCUCUACGAUGCAAUCCGCCGUGAGUUCAAGGCUGGGCAGCCGGAGCUGGACUGGGAGAAGCGGUACCGGAUUGCGGUUGGAACCGCAAAGGGCAUCAUGUAUCUUCACCAUGAUUGCUCCCCGGCCAUAAUCCACCGUGACAUAAAAUCCACCAAUAUACUGCUGGAUGAGGAGUAUGAAGCGAAGCUUGCGGAUUUCGGCAUCGCCAAAUUGGUGGAAGGUUCACCACUCAGCUGCUUCGCUGGUACCCAUGGCUACAUGGCUCCUGAGCUUGCUUAUUCUCUCAAGGUGACAGAGAAGAGUGAUGUUUACAGCUUUGGCAUUGUGCUGUUAGAGCUGCUUACUGGACGCAGCCCUUCAGACCAACAGUUUGACGGUGAACUGGACAUUGUCUCCUGGGUUUCAUCCCAUUUGGCCAACCAGAAUCCUGCAGCUGUUCUUGAUCCAAAGGUUAGCAGCCAUGCAUCAGAGGACAUGACAAAGGUCUUGAACAUUGCCAUCCUUUGCACUGUUCAACUGCCUUCUGAACGGCCAACCAUGAGAGAAGUCGUGAAAAUGCUCAUCGACAUCGACUCUAUCUCAGCAAACGGGAAGGCAAAGAACAAGAAUGAUAAGAAGUAAGAACAGAUGCCCCGUUUCUUUGUAAGAAACUGCUGCCAGAAAGAUCAAAAGGCACCCAGUAGCAACAGUCUGGGUGCUGCCGUGCUGCCAAUUAGGACCUUAAUUAGAAUGCCUGACUAGUGAAUAGUAACUAGUAGGCUGGUAAUAAACUGAGGUUUUAGCAGCCUCUGAAAAGCUUGCACAUAUGUACAAGCUACCCUGUACAAAUUUCAGUCAUGUACUCUGAAGUUUCUGUAAAAAUGAUAUGCGAAGAAUUAUGAUGUACCAGUACCACACUGCAAUGCCAGUAGAAUAUGACCAUACCGUUAAAAAUGGAAAUGUGCUGAUUUUUUUUU